AUGGACGCUCCUCCUCUUUCAGCCGCAGCUCCAAAAAGCGAUAACGGAGGCAUCUCUAAGCGAAUCUUUGAGGAGACUGGCCUUCUUUCGAUGUACACUUCAUCUCAUGACGUCAAACUACUCUGCCUGCAGCGCUUCGUACGGAUGUUUGCAUACGGCGCAUCAACACUGGUCCUCGUAGCCUACCUCUCCGCACUAUCCGUCCCGAAGGCCGCCAUCGGACUUUUCAUGACAUUAACUCUAGUCGGUGACAUAUGCAUCAGCUUCAUCCUAACGCUAUUCGCUGACGCCCUAGGUCGUCGAGCCGUCUUGGGCCUCGGAGCCUUGUUGAUGACAGCCAGCGGGGUGGUAUUCGCAUUAUUUGACAAUUACUGGGUUCUUCUGGUGGCGGCGGUGGUUGGGGUGAUAAGUCCGAGUGGCAAUGAGAUCGGUCCGUUCCGAGCGAUUGAAGAGAGCAUCGUAGCUCAUUUGACAGAUCCUAAGAACAGAAGCGAUGUCUACGCUUGGUACAGUCUUUUGGGAAACGUGGGAACUGCGUGUGGCAGCAUCACUUGCGGAUGGGUUCUUCAGCAUUUGACUGAGACAUUAGAGUGGGACUCUGUACGCGCGUAUCGAGCCGUCUACAUUGGAUACGCAAUUCUCGGGCUACUGAAGUUAACAUUUACUGUCUUCUUGAGUCAUCGCGUGGAAUCGGAGAAGAAACAGCAGCAGAGCCGCGCGAGAAAUGACGAGACAAGACCGCUACUAGAGCAGAGCUCAAUUGCUGAUCCGCCUCCUAGGCGGAGAUGGUUCCCAGAUAUCAGCAAGGAGAGCGUUCCUGUGGUUAUUACACUAUGCCUCCUCUUUGCUCUAGAUUCUUUCGGCUCUGGGCUCGCGCCAUUAUCUUGGAUAACGUAUUACUUCAAGGAUCACUUCAACAUUGACGAGGGAAAGCUGGGUACAAUUUUCUUCGUUACACAACUAAUAGCGGGCGCUUCCCUGAUUGUCGCCGCCUCUCUCGCGAAAAGAUUUGGUAACGUCAACACCAUGGUAUUCACACACCUCCCCUCCCAAAUUUUCCGCGCUCUCCUCGGUAUUCCCAGCGACAUACACCUCGCCCUCCUCUUCCUCAUCCUAAACUCCAGCACCCAAUCAAUGGACAGCGCGCCCCGUGCCGCGUUUCUCGCCGCCAUCGUCCUACCCGAAGAGCGGACGGUUGUCAUGGGCACCGUAAACGUAGUCAAAACCACCGCCCAGAGCCUCGGUCCGAUCCUAACCGGUGUCCUAGUCGACCGGAAUCUGUUCUGGGUUUCUUUCCUCUGCUCUGGAGGCUUGAAGAUAUUAUAUGAUAUAGGCCUGCUUGCCUUCUUCAAGGAGAAAGAGAGGGAAAGAGAACAGGCCGAGCGACAGAGGAUUGAGGACGAGGAACGAGAACACGGUAGCCGGGAAAAUCAAACCGGCGAGCCGAUGUCCUAG